AUGACCCAAAGUGAAACUAUCCCUGUCGUAGACGCCCUGAUCGUUGGUGGCGGACCCGUUGGUUUACUGGCCGCGAAUUUGUUGGUGAAAUCUGGGUUUAAAGAUUCGCUCAAGGAUCAUAACGUAUUUCCUCUAGAUAUCGAAUUCGAGCCGCAGCACUGGGGACGUGGUGAUUGGGUUCAUGGCCGUACCUUGGAACUAUUGGAUCACGUGGGAUUGGGGAGUGAGCUCUUGAAGACUGGCGCCAAAGUCGAAGAAUUCGCGUUUCAUCAUGGUAAACAGCGUGAAUACGAACCAGUCGUCCAGGACACGGUGAUUUCCAAGUACCGGCAUUUAUUGUGUGUUGGACAACACAUCACCGAGAACCAUUUGCAACAUACUUUGUCAGAGCACGAUGUCCAAGUGGAGCGACCGGUCACUGUCAAGGAAUUUGCAUGGUCAGAAGAUGAACAACUGAUCCGAGCCACAUUACAAAAUGUCUCUAGUGGCGAACAAAGCACGGUCAUGACGAAGUAUUUGUUAGGCUGCGACGGAGCCCACAGCGACAUUCGCCGUCAGCUCGGCAUUCAGUCAAAUGGACAAGGCUCAUGCUUACACUCCGGGGUCUUGGAUGCUUUGGUGCGUUCCAACUUUCCUGAUAAGCAAACAGUAAGUUACGUCCAUGGUCCCAUGGGCAAUGUAUGUCUUUUCCCGCGUGAAAAUAACCUGUUACGGGUCAUGGUGCACAUGUCUUCUGGCAAAGAACGGAAUCAAAUCCAGUUGAAUGAUAUUCAAACCGAGGCUCGGCGGGCUUUACUUCCUUACCGGGUGGAAUUUCUAGCCGUGUUGUGGUGGACCGUGUAUAGCGUGGGACAGCACGUCGCUCAAGAAAUGCAACGCACCAUUACGCCCCAAGACAAUCGACCGCGAGUGUUUUUGUGUGGUGAUGCCGCUCACUCUCAAAGCCCCACCCUGGGACAGGGUCUCAAUACCGGUCUGGGCGAUGUGUUCAAUUUGGUGUGGAAAUUGGUCAUGGUGGAAUCCGGAAAAUUGCAACCGUCAAUUUUAUCUACGUACGAAAGCGAGCGUAGAUCUGUAGCACAGCAAGUCAUUGAUAUUGAUGCGGUCGUAGCCAAAGAAGCCCAUGGCGGUUCGUCUUUGGCUGAAGACAAGUCGGAUCUUCAAACGUUAUUUCAGCAGCAUCGUCACUUCAGCACCGGGUUCGGUAUUUCGUACAGAUCCACAGCAACCAAUGUUUUACCGGUGGAUGGAAACAAGCGAGCACUGCAAGCGGGCGACCGGAUGCCGGAUUUCAAGAUAGUAUGUCACAGCAGUGGCAAGAAGGUCCGAUUGUAUGAUCUUUGGCGCGCGGAAAUGGACCAAUAUCAAUGGCAAUUCCACAUGGUCGUGUUGAGCAAUGAUAUCGCGCACACAUUCCCUUUGAUCCGUGAGUUCCUUCACAAGUACAAACAAUAUUCCUCUUGGAUGUCGGUCCAUCUGAUGACUACCACCGUUCAAGGCGAUAUCAUCGAUCAAGUGGUCUCGAAAACGGAUCCUCCGGUACUUGUGGAUAAAAUCAACAAUGCUCAAUGUCACCAAAGUUUCGAUGCAUUCACACAUUGUCAGGUCGUCGUUGUACGGCCUGACCUCUACAUCGGUUGGACAGGUGCCUUGGGUCAACGGUCGGAACUUGACCAAUGGCUGGGUGGGAUCAUGGUGCUUUGA